AUGGAUGAAUCCGAUGAGAUUGAACAGUCCGACCUUGAUGAUUCUUCAUUUUCUGAGGAAAAAAUUGGUCGCGGAAGGGAAUCGAAAUUGCGGGCCGGAUCAUUAAGGAGGAGGACUAGAUCUAUGUCCCCUAUGAGAACGACUUCGUUUCUAGAUCAUGAAAAUGACAAUGCACAAAAUAACGAUGAGAUGAAGAUGGAAAAUGAAGUGUGUAAAAACACAGAAGAUCCAGCGGGGUCGAAUGAUACGACGCCAUGUGAAUCUGGAUCUUCAUCGAGGUUUUCUUCAAUUGGGAGGAGCUCAAGGAGGUGGGUUUUCUUGAAGGAGUUCUUGUAUAGGAGCAAAAGUGAAGGAAGAAACAACGGGCAUAAAUUUUGGGGUUCCUUGUCAUUUUCGCCUGUCAAAGAUAAGAAAAUGGAGAAGCCCAUUUCCAACCCCAAAGCGAAAAAUGCAUCAAAUUCAUCUCCAGAAGUAGUAAAUUCCAACGCCGGAGCCACAAAAAAAGUUACAAAAGAGGUGAAAAACAGGGCAGUAAAUGGGAUUGGUAAAAGGAGGGUGCCACGAUCUCCUCAUGAAUUGCUUUACACUGCAAAUAGGGCACAAGCAGAGGAGAUGAGGAAGAAGACAUUUUUGCCUUAUAGACAAGGUUUGUUGGGCUGUUUGGGAUUCAGUUCAAAGGGCUUUGGUGCCAUGAAUGGCUUUGCUAGAGCUUUGAACUCUGUGUCAUCAAGGUAA